AUGGGUCUCACUCAAGAUCAGACGCAGCGCGUCAAGACGGCCUUCCUUAGCUACGCGCAAGGGCAGCCUAAGGUAAGCGAGGCCAUGAUGGACCAGCUCAUCUGUGGCGCCAUCCCUGGGCUGUCCUGGGAGCAGCUGCAGGCGAAGAAAGCAGUGCGAAAGGUAGGCGCAGACGGCUACGACCUUGGUGCCUUCUUUGCCAUGGUGAACUCCGACCCAGCGUACAUCGCCUUCAUUCAGCAGCACUUCCCGCCUGCGCCGCCGGAGCAGAAGGAGCCGGAGGUGGACGCACUGGCGCUGAAGACCGCUAAGGGCUUCUAA